AGCGUGUAAACAAGGUAGCUGUCAAAGCUUUUCAAAGCGUUUUCAGUCCAGUUUGCCGACCGCAAAAUUUUAUAAAAUCAUUUUUCCACUCAAUUUAUCACAUUUUACUGUAAAAGUGAAGGCAGAUAGGUAAAGUUUGCUAAAGUAAAUAGAUUCUCCACAAUGUCAGCAAAAGAAGAGCAGCAAAAUGAAGCAGCGGUAGCUUCCGAGAAUGGUAAGACAACUGAGGAGGUAGAGAAUGGAGGAGCUAACGGGACCGAAACCCAGGUUGAACCGACUGAAGUUGAACUGACUGAGGUUGAACCGGCCGAGGAAAAACCUGUGGACGCGCCUAAAGACGAUGAAACGACGGAGGAUAAACCUGCGGAUCCACCGAAAGAUGAAGAACCAUCCGCUGUAGCCGGGGAAGAGGCAGUAGUGGAAGAGGAAACUGAAGAAUUUGAAUCGCCUCCGGAGGAUUUGGAUGAUUUCGUCGUGCUGGACGAGGUGGAUAUGAGUGAUGGAGAAGGUGAAGAGGAGGACGCUGAUGGCGAAGAAGGCGAGAAAUCGAAAGACAUGUAUGAUUUCGAUGGAAAGCAAUGGGAUUGUCCGGUGCAUAGGAUGGCCCCGAGGACGUACACCAAAAGCGAACUGCAACCAACGGAUAUCGAUCCCCGCUGCAAGGCGGACUUUCCGCUUGCAAAAUAUUGGCCUGUAUAUUUGGGUAACUUCUAUGUGCCCCGAGCAAAAUCCGACUACAAUGUGUUCUUCACCGCGCAUAAGUAUUUCGCCUCGAAGGGCUUGCCGUCGUUCAUGAUUUUCCGUUUGAAGGAUACCUUCUUCGAGGAGUACCAAAUGCGUGUCGGACUAUUCGACAUGUUGGUGUAUUUCAUCAAUAAGAAGGACGCCAAUCGGGCCAUCAAUGCGUGUCAUGGGGAUACAUUCUACGGGCAUAAAUUGAAGGUUUACGAUGGUCGAACGGCGAUGAAAGCUCUCGCUGCCGGCCGUAACAGCAAAUUAUUCAAGGUCAAGCAUUUAGUGGCGGAGGACAAAUUGGAAACGGAAACCGUCCUAGAGGACUACCUGCGUCAGUAUGGGCAGGUCGUUUUCCUCAGCAAGCAAAGCCUCGAUCACUUCGUGGUCCAACUGAAUCAUCAACCGAACCGCAAAGGUUCUAUCAUGCAGGAUCCCCGACUUAAGGCGACACCCGUCAAGGGACCAAUCAAAAAGCAACGGUUCAUCGAAGGGGAUGUCAUGGACGAACUCAACAAGCAGAUUACCGACAAUCCGAAAUUUAUGCGAACCAGGUUGCACUUUUUGUACCUCAAGUUCAUUUCGCACGGAGUCAUUCCAAAGAUGAGAAUGCCGUGGUUGUACAACAAGAGUAACAAGGAUGCAGCUCGAGGUGUUCCUUCUUCUGCCCAGCCGAGUGCUCCAAGGAGUGCUCGUCACUACACUAGGGAGGUAGUUCCACAAAAACGCCGAUACGACCACAACGUGCCGUACGGAAAUGGAUCCCACAGACAGGAAUCCAAACAACAGCUUCUGAACGAGGCAAGACAACUGGAAGAGCAGCUUAGAGCUGUACAGAGCAAAAUAAAUGCGAAAAUUCAGGUUCAGAAUAAACCUCUCCCUCCUCCGGCGAAAAAACCGGCUCUCAAUCCGGAAGUGACAAAGACCAGACGCCAGAAGACGGAAGCCCAAAUUAUGAGGCAACGCAUCCGAGGGGCCCGCCGUUGGCGAGGUCCCAGAUUCGACUGAUCGGACUUGAAUGCUGCACUGUAUAAGGAAUGAUCGUGAAGGGACAUUGCAUUAUUAUUCCAAUACUUAGGAAGGCAAACUCAGAUUUAAACUUGAAGUAGAUUAUGUUUCUUACCUACCGAAGAACUUUAGUGGAUAAGGAAGACUAGGGCCAAUAAAACCUGUGCUGAAUUUACCGCUA